AUGAGGUUUCAGAAUCCGGCCGAGGAGACGGCUAUGCCGACAUAUCGGAUUAUGGAUGCCGAUGGCAACAUUGUCGAUAAUACUAGAGACCCGCAAUCAGCCUCAGAUGCAGAGAUCACCCAAUGGUAUCGGAACAUGCUCACUGUUAGCAUCAUGGAUCUGAUCAUGUUCGAUGCGCAACGCCAAGGACGAACCAGCUUUUAUAUGGUAUCGGCUGGUGAGGAAGGCAUAGCCGUGGGUUCUGCCUCUGCCUUAACGCCCGACGACGUGUGCUUUCUACAGUAUCGCGAGCAAGGUGUCCUCGUGCAGAGGGGCUUUACGCUGAAGGAAAUGAUGAGUCAGCUAUUUGCGAACAAGGAUGACCACGGAAAAGGGCGCAAUAUGCCCGUGCAUUAUGGCAGCGGCAAGCUCAAUGUGCAUACGGUCUCGAGUCCCCUAGCGACCCAGAUUCCGCAAGCAUCAGGAGCCGCAUACGCCUUGAAGAUGCAACGGCUCAUCAAUCCGAACGUCCCUCCUAGGAUUGUGGCAUGCUAUUUUGGAGAGGGAGCAGCGAGUGAGGGCGAUUUCCACGCAGCAUUAAACAUUGCCGCAACGAAAUCGUGUCCGGUGGUGUUCGUGUGCCGCAACAAUGGAUUUGCGAUUUCGACGUCGAGCAUUGAGCAGUAUAAGGGAGACGGCAUCGCCAGUCGUGGAUUGGGGUAUGGCAUUGAUACCAUUCGGGUUGAUGGCAACGACAUCUUCGCAGUGAGAGAGGUCAUGCUAGAAGCGAGGAAACGCGCCCUCGAGGGCGACUGCAAACCGAUCCUUGUGGAAGCCAUGAGCUAUCGAGUCAGUCAUCACAGCACCAGCGACGACAGCUUCGCAUAUCGAGCCAAGAGGGAAGUUGAAGAGUGGAAACGAAGGGACAACCCCAUCACUCGAUUGCGCAAGUGGAUGGAAAAGAAGGGUAUCUGGGACGAAGACAAGGAGAAGGAAGCAAGAGCGUCAAUCCGCAAACAAGUGCUACAAGAGUUCUCGGCAGCAGAGAAGGUCAAGAAGCCACCCCUGCGGGCAAUGUUUGAAGACGUUUAUGAGGAGAUAACACCCGAGGUCCAAGAACAGAUGAAGGAGCUCAAGCGGCUUAUUGAGAAGUAUCCGAAGGAGUACAGCAGCGUGUCGCAAUAUGAAGGAGGGAUCAAGACGCUGGAAUGA